UGAAUCUAAAUAUUUAAUUGGGUAUUUUGCAUAUAAAAGCACAAAAAUGAUUUUGUCAUAUCCAGUUUAUAAAAAGAAAUCCUCCAGUAUGGAGAACGAAAUUAAACGCGUCAGUAUGUCGUUCUCAAUAAAAUUGUUCCAAUACUACGGAGGAUUUCCUCAAAAUCACGAAUUUUUGAAUCCUGGCAAAAUAUUUUAUAUCAAGUUUGUGGUAAAGGCGGUGUUGAGUUCUUUCUUGCUUAUCGGAUCCAUUCUUCAUUUAGUACACAGCAUAAUUGUAAACAUUUUCAACCAUGUUGAAUUGGAUGUCGCUUACUCAACGGCUCUACUUAUUGGUUACUUUUUAAUGUUAUCACUCAUACUGAAAAUGGAUAAGAUAGGUAAAUUUUACACAGAACUGUCGAAUUUUAAAGAAUACGAAAAACCGAUGGAUUUCGAAGAAACGAACAGAAGAUACAACAAAUACGCCCUAAUGCACUUUAUUUAUAUAAUGAUUUUUGUUUUAACGAGCUCACUCUUUUCAAAUAUCUUCAAGAUAGAGACUUGUAGAAGAGAGAACAUGGAAAAAGGAAUUCACGAAGUUUGCGGGCUCUACUUAUAUGUUUGGUUGCCUUUUAACAUCGAUUUUACGCCCGUUAAACAAAUUUACGCGAUUUGUCAGAUCAUUAGCACCACAUACGUUCAUACUUUUAUCGGUGUGUGCGCUUGGAUGGUACUCGAAUCCUCUGAGCAUGUGUCCAUCAGAUUCAAGCAUUCUGGAUAUUUGUAUUCAUUGGCAGGGGUAGAGAACGAUGCCCGAAAGAAAAAAAUUUUGUUCCAUAAGGCGAUUAAAUAUCACAAAUAUUCGAUUAGAUUGGGCGAAUUGUUGGCGGAGAUCUAUUACGUUUUCAUGUUUGCUCAUAUGUUUAUGACUUCUGUGAUCUUGGGUUACGACCUUUACGCUUUUUUAAAAACUUAUGAUGUAUCCACGUUCAUAAUGUCAAUAGCUUGGGUAAACGGCGUCUUUAUGGUUUCGCAUGGUGGGCAAAGAUUACAAGAUAUGAGUCGCCAAGUUGGGGAUGAAGUUUACGCAUCUAAUUGGACAGAUUACGACAUUUCAAUGCAAAAAGAAGUCAGUUUUGUUAUAAUGAGAUGCCAAAAACACAUGUCUUUGAAAGCGAUUUUCAUAGGAGACGUGGGCUAUAUGCCAUUUUUAAGUGUUCUUAAAGCUGCAUAUUCUUACGUUAUGUUGAUGACUAAUACUGGAAGUUAAACAGACACGGCUAAUUUCGGAUUAAUUACACAUGGAUUAAUGAAUAUCUGCUUAUGCAUUUAGUAGUUUGUAGAUUGUAAAAUACUAAAUUUUGUUUGAAUAUUGUAGAUCAAUAAAUUAGAGAGCAUCA